GUCGGUCUAAAUUUUGCAGGUGUUAGUGCGCACAUGAAUGACAUGAAUAGAAUGACCGUUGAACAAAACAUAAACAUACUUGUCAUCCUCGCAGAUUUAUUUAUUAAAUUCACUUAUUAUCUCUAAGUUUAAACGAAUUUUUGGCAUCAUAUCAAUUUUUGAUGCUUCGAAGAAAAUGUAUUUUAUGAAAAUGUAUUAUCCAAUAAUCUUGACGAUAUUUUUGACACUUUCGACGUUUCGUGUGGAAUCGGCUAUUCUCAGUUGGCUGUGGGACAGAGGACAGAAGGAGUCAACUCUUUUGGUUUCAGAUGGUGUUCCUUUAAUUUCCAUUCCUUAUGAAUCAAUGACUGACGAUGAAAAAUUUCUCCAGGAAGCCGCUAAAUUCACCGAGAUGCAAGUGUCGUCACCGCUCGAAACUUGCUAUCACAAAGUUAUUUUGAAAAUCAGAUCCUCUUGCAAUGAAAUGUCAGAAGAAGAUUUGGCGAAAUUAAGUGUUAAUUUACUUAAUUGUCAGUCUUUAGUUGAAGGCAGGAAAAUUUAUCCUUGUACUCAAGACAUGUCAUUGAAACAAUGCACAACGGAGAUGGACGCCGAUAUGUGGAACGCUUACCAUCUCAUGAGUAAUAGAGCUCGAGCAGUUUGUUAUUCCGCGAGAAAUUUACAAUUUCGUGCUUUAACUGAAUUAACUGUUAAUAAAUUAGUGCAAACAACACAUUCGCAAAUCAAGGUUCUGGAGAAUUUACAGGAAAAUCAAGAGAAACUGGAAAAAGAAACAGUUGACGCAUUAUCAUUGAUUGAAAAGGGAAAUAAAAAAUUGCUCGAGCAACACAAUCUCGUCGCUUCAAAUCUUCGGGAAUUAACGAUGGAAAAGGCGUUAAUCCGUCUGGGACAUUCGAAACUCAUUACGAUGACUGAGGAUAUUAAAGAGAAAUUAGUGAAAGCAAAUGACGAAAUGGUACGACAAGAAUCUGAUCGUAAAAUAAAUCAUCAGGAAGUGAUGAACGAUUUGUUGGCGAUACAAGAACUUUGGGAGAAACUCGAGAACAGUACGAAUAAUAUUUUAAAACAAAACCAAGAUGCUGCCGAUCAAUAUUUACGGACUUUGGAACAACUCGAGCAGAUUAAUAAGACUGUUAAUUUUGUUUGGAAUCUGCACAAGCAUGUCGACGAGAAACUGGGGUGGAUUACUGAUUAUAUUAGCAGUACAGGUUUACAAAUGCAAAAAGUUUACCGCACAUGUUUGCAUGUAAUUUACAUAUUGACUGCCAUGAUUGUUGCCGGAUUUUUGCAAGCACCGUUUUUAACGAGAGUGACGAUAUUGGGAAUUAUUCCCUUAAAUUUGACAGCGUACUUAAAACACGGGAUGGAAGCGUCUCUAGAUUUCUUCUCAAUUACAGCUCUUAUUAUUCUAAUAACAAUAAUGCACUAUGUGAUGAGUACCAUUCAGUAUCUUUGUGGUCCAAGAAAGACAGAAUCGAAAAAUCUUCAGCAAAACGAAAAGAGCGAAAAGGAUUCUACAAACUUGAAAAAUCAGAAUAAAGAGAAUGGCGUUUCUCACGAUUGUUCGAAAAAUGUUGAUAGUACUACAAAAGGACCAUUAUACAGUGAAAUUUACAAUACAAUCUCUUCGAAAUUUUAUUUAUUAUUCAAUAGAAUUCACUAUAUUAUUGACGUGAUUACAAAAAAAAUUGUGAACAUCUUCCAUGUACAAAGAAAUCAAUCAAUAUUACAAGAAGAACUCACUUGCUCUUACAUUCAAAAGAAGCCGUACAAUUACGUAAGUUUCGAUUCUCCAAACAUGUCUGAUGAUCUUUCGGAAUCUGAUUUAUCCCAUAAACAUUAUUCGAUAAGGGAAGACUUGUGGGCUAUGAGACAACGACACAAUAUUUCCCGAAGUAAAACUCCUGUCGACAGUAGCGGAUACGUGAACAGAUGCUGUGAAUUGACGCGAAGUGGAAAACCAUGUCGAGGAAAGGCCAUGAAGAAUCUUAAUUAUUGCCGAAUUCAUCUCGCCGCUUCACCUGCUGUCAAGAUUUAAAUUUUAUUUGGAUUUUUUUACGCCAAGAACAGAAAGUGGAAUUUUCAAUAAUAGUCAUUUUGUUAUUGUUCAAGUGAGUUUUGUACAAUUAUAUUUAUUUUGAUCUUAACGACAAGCGCAAUAUUUCAAUUUUUGCGCUUUCGCCAAAUUGUAAAUAUUAAUUUUAGGAUCUAUUUUAUUCGUUUUAUACAUUUGAUCUAUU